UAGGCUGAUUUGGGUGUGUUGCUAGGCAACUCAGGGUAACAAGGGGUUGUAUGUAUUCUUUAGGUGGGUGCAGGUCCCUGUAGAGAUUUCCGGGUAAGUAACAUAGAUGUGAGAGAGGCUGAUCAACUGCGACACAAGAAGUUAAGCCCCGCAAACUUAACUUUCGUUAAGAGGAGUUUUUCAAGAAAGAAAUUGGAUUAGACCCAGGGAUGACGUAUCCUGUUUGAUUUCUUUUCCCCUUGCACUCUGACGAGCUUUGUGUUUAGGCAGGCUUUUAUUUCUGGCUCCGAGUUGCUUGAAAAAAAUUUGGGAGUGUGUCUCGGGGUGUCGAGGGUGAUGUGCUUAGCUUGAUUGGCUCAGUUUUGCUUGCGAGUGCUUUGUUCUUCCCACCACCCUCAGGUCGGUUGUGCAACAUGCCCCUACUGUUUAAAAAGAAAAAAAAAAAAGAAAAAAAAAAAAGAGAAAUGCUGAGUAAUGCCAGAGGUUUCUCAAAUGGCUGAUGCAAACCUGGAGAAUUUGCAUCAUCAUUCAGCUGGAGUAACUUGGUAUGACAAGAGCUUAAAUACAAGUCCACGCGGAAGCUGAGCUGGUUUCCAAUGAUAGGGCAGUACCAGCUCGCAGUGUGAAAGCGCAGGUGUUCCUGAGCAGUGCUCAGAUCGCAGUAAAGGCUCAAAUACACUUUAGGAGCUUGCUACCUGUGCGUAGGAGCAGCUGGAAAGAUAAGAGAGGGCAGAGGAAGAGACUAAGUAGUUGACUACGCAGAGAGGAAAAAACCCCUUGAGUUUCUGCUGCAAACUUUUUUGCCUGUGCUUGCUGUCGGCGUGCUGGUGGCACUGUAGCAUGUUUAGGAAAGCUGCUGUAACCACGGUCUCUAAUGGAAGCUACUUGCAGGGGCAAGCUAAUGGCAGGUUGCCCUCUAUGGACAGUGGACAGCCAGCCCAGGAGGGAAAAGUUGUGCUGAAGAAGAAAGUGACGCUCUUGAGGGGCAUAUCCAUCAUAAUUGGCACUAUCAUUGGAGCUGGCAUCUUCAUCUCUCCCAAAGGCAUCCUGAAGAACACGGGCAGCGUGGGUAUGUCCUUGACUGUCUGGACAGUGUGCGGUAUCCUCUCGCUCUUUGGUGCCCUCUGCUAUGCUGAACUAGGAACAUGCAUUAAGAAAUCUGGUGGUCACUACACCUACAUCCUGGAGGCCUUUGGCCCAUUACCCGCUUUUGUGAGAGUCUGGGUUGAAUUACUCAUCAUUCGCCCUGCUGCCACAGCAGUGAUAUCAUUGGCAUUUGGACGUUACAUUUUGGAACCUUUCUUUAUGCAGUGUGAAAUCCCAGAACUUGCGAUUAAACUUAUAACAGCUGUUGGCAUCACGCUGGUGAUGGUCCUGAAUAGCACGAGUGUCAGCUGGAGUGCCCGCAUUCAGAUUUUUCUUACCUUUUGCAAGCUUGUAGCAAUUCUGAUAAUUAUAGUCCCCGGAGUUAUCCAGCUAAUUAAAGGAGAAACACAGCACUUUAAAAAUGCCUUUGCGGGGAAUGAUGCCAGUGUUAUGGGAUUACCACUUGCUUUCUAUUCAGGAAUGUAUGCCUAUUCAGGCUGGUUUUACCUCAAUUUUGUUACUGAAGAAGUGGAAAACCCUGAAAAAAACAUACCCCUCGCAAUAUGCAUUUCAAUGAUUAUCGUCACAGUUGGCUAUGUGUUAACAAACGUGGCUUAUUUCACUACAAUCAGUGCUGGGGAAUUGCUGCUUUCAAAAGCUGUAGCAGUGACCUUUGCGGAACGACUAAUGGGGAACUUUUCUUUAGCUGUACCCGUAUUUGUUGCUCUCUCCUGCUUUGGAUCUAUGAAUGGUGGCAUUUUUGCAGUCUCCAGGAUGUUCUUCGUUGCAUCCCGCGAGGGUCACCUUCCGGAAAUUCUCUCCAUGAUUCAUGUCCGCAAGCACACUCCUCUGCCAGCUGUCAUUGUUUUGCAUCCUCUCACAAUGAUAAUGUUAUUCAACGGGGAUCUCUACAGCCUCCUGAAUUUCCUCAGUUUUGCCAGGUGGCUUUUUAUUGGACUAGUAGUUGCUGGGUUGAUUUAUCUCAGAUAUAAACGUCCUGAUAUGCCUCGUCCUUUCAAGGUGCCUCUAUUUAUUCCAGCAUUGUUUUCCUUCACCUGCCUCUUCAUGGUUGCACUGUCACUUUACUCUGAUCCAGUGAAUACAGGGAUUGGAUUUGCAAUAACCCUGACUGGAGUUCCUGCUUACUACCUCUUUAUUGUAUGGGACAAGAAGCCAAAGUGGUUCAGAAAGCUCCUAGACAGGGUAACUGUAACAUUGCAAAUCCUCUUGGAAGUUGUCCCAUCAGAGGAAGACCAGAAAUCAUGAUCUUCGUGUACAGCUUUUGGCUUGGUGUUUCAUUUCAACCUGAGGAAGAGGGUAGGGACAUUUCUCCCUCUACCUAACAUUCUGCAAACUGGAGGAACAAGUCACAGCUGAGAUGGAUACCGAGCAAGUCAGUUACCAGAACUGUAUUUUAUGAUGUUGCAAAUUUUAUUUUAAUGUGGUUCUUUUAUAUGUAGAAAGCAAGAACUCGUGCUAUGAGGGAACUCAUCUCUUCACUAUUUCUUUUGUUACAGUGUCAUAUUUUAACAAACCGUAGGUUCGUUAAACUAGGAUUUUGGUUGCAUUGUCACUGAAAAUAGGUUUAAGCAAUGUGUAAGUAAUAGUCAGGUGUACUGUGAAGAAUGUAUCCUGCUUGCUGUCCCUGAAGAACCCAACUCUCACCAGAAAGGGCGAGAUAAAGCUCUGCUGAGUUUCACUUACUAAUGUUUUUCCCGUCACUCCAUUUGGCAGCCCGAUGUGACUUCUUUUGCCUCACUGGGAGCACCAGCACACUGAUGCAGAAGCACAGCAGUUUCUUCAUUCCAGAGUUUUUAUACUAUAGCUGAUGGGAGCAUCUUCUGAGAAUUAAUAUUUCUGCCAGUGGGGUAGGAAGAUUUUAGCCUGGGGGCAGUAAUUUCAUACCUGUUAAAGUUUCUACCAGUCUGGAAAUGAUUGCUGUUUUUACCAAUGUUUCUUUGUCUACAUAUGUAUAGGAAAUACAGCAACUGAGUAAUCAUCUUCAAAUGAGUCAAAACAUUUGAAUGCGACCUCCGUUGCUGUAUUAAUAUUUUCUCUAUUGAAGCAUAUGGACCUGCAGCUAUCAGUCAGGGAAACCUGAUUUUAAAGUUUUAUAUCAUUGUUGGUGGACAGAAAUGAGUAAUAGUCACUGGUGGGAAUACUGUAUAGACAUGGCAAUAAAUACAAUACCUUUUUUUGAAUAAGGUAUAAGGCAAGCUACAACAGAUUUGUUGAUUGGAGUAGGGUAUGCGCCUAAUCUGUGGGCUUUUCAUUCAAGCAUACUCCAAUUAACUGGGCCUUGAGACACCAAGGAAGAGGUGCUCUGCCAAUGUCGUUAUCUUCAUGGUUGUAUCUCAGCAGAAACAGAGAAAGGCCAUCAAAACUGAUAAAAUCAAAUGCAAUUCAUCUUCAGAAUGAUGUUUGAGCUGAGAUUUGGCUCAAAUAUGAGCUGAAGUUUUGCCCUUUUUUUAAGAUAGUUGUAGAUAAAGAAAUUUUUUAAUGCUUAGAAAUUCAGUUUUAUAUUGUUAGUCGAAGACUACUCAACCUUAAGAUUAAGGUUUGUUAUCACUCUGUUAAGAAUAUAAUGCUUAAAUAUUGAAUGCACUACUUUUUGAGCUGUUUGCUAUCAGCAAGUCAUAUGUUUCAUGAAAACUUUUAUGGAACUAAGCAACAUUAAACUUCCUAAAUUGGGAGAAAAGCACAACUAGUAGCCAGACCACUACAGUAAAGGGAGACUGUGUGUUGUAUAUGUGUUGUAUAUAUCCAGAAUAUCUACCAUUUUAAGGGUGUACAGUAAAAUGUCUUAAAUUUAUACAUGUUUUUCUUUCUUGUAUUUCUCUGGUGGAAUUUCAUAGAAGUAGGGAAAUGGGAGUAACUAAUUAUGUAGAAGAGCAGUAAUUUAAGACACCGAAAACAUUUUGCAAACAAUUUUUUCUUUAAAUUUUUUCUUUUUACAUUAACUUAAAGUAUUAUUUGAAACUUAGGCAAACAUUUUGAGAGAGAUUUUUAUGUUGACAGUGCAUGUGUUUAAUUACUAUUUACAUUUGGGUCAGAAUUCUACUUUUGGGGCCAUCUCCUGCCAUCCCAGGUCACCAGGGUUUGGCCUGUGUCAUUGUGGAGCGUCUUCAGAGUACACAAACUGCAUUUCUCUCUGAUAAAAAUAAACUGCCUGAUGCCCUCCAGGAGAGCACGUAACAUACUCCACUAAUGGAUGCUGAGUGCGUGGGAUCCCACCAGAGCUAGUCCAAAGCAAAACCUCCUGAACGUUGAUAGUGUGGAUGCCAGGUUUUCAGCACCAACUGUUUCAUUCCAUGUAUUCACUCCUAUUGUGCCACAUUACUUGAAAGUUUAAAUGUGCGCAGUGUUAACUUGUACAAAUAAAUGGGCUCUGUAAAUAU